AUGGAUAUCAAUGAAUUAGAUAAUAUAACUGAUCCAUCGGAUUUCAAACUUACAAAAUUACCAAACCUUUCCGAACUUGAUUUAUUAAAGAGGUGUUUUAUAUGUAAAGAUUUUUUUCGAGCACCGGUAACUAUAUCAACAUGUCAUCAUAUCUAUUGUUCACAAUGUAUUAGAGAGCAUUUACUUCGAAAACCUAAUUGUCCUAUAUGUAAAUGUGAAAUAUUUGAAAGUAAUUUAAGACCAGAUCCAUUAUUGGAAGAUAUUGUACGAUGUUAUAAAUUAUUACGCCCUCAAUUAUUGACAUUAUUGAAAAACGAAGAACCAAUAAACAAGUCGACUGAUCUGAAUGAUCCGAAUGAUCAGCCCAAGGUAAAUGAUAAAGAAGAUGAAAAAUUAACAGAGAUAUCGGAUAUUAAUGAAGAAGGACGCGUUAAGGAGGAAAUAAAUGGAAAUAUUAGUAAUGGCGAUGCGGGAAAAGAUGGUAAAGUAGGGUCAGAAACUCCAGUGAUGGAUAAUUCAAUAGAAGUAAUUGAAAUACUAUCUGAUGAUGGUCAAAUUGUUACAAAUAAUACAAAGAUAGGAACGUGUCCCAUAUGUCAGGAAAGGAUGCCUAUUGAAAUCUUAGAAAGAAGACAUGUUGAUGAUUGUUUAAAUGGAAGAAAACCAAAACGAAAUGCAGCACAAAUAUUACAACAACAACCUAGAAAGAAACAAUCUAAAGGAAUUACUUCUAUAACAGCAUUUUUUAAACAAUCCACUAGUCCUGAUACUACCAGUAGUCCUGAAACCACCACCAUCACUCCUCCUCCAGGAACUCCACAAGACAAUCAUAAACCUGUUAAAAGCAUACAGUCAGGACAAUAUGAAGAUAAGGAAACACCUGUGAUUAAUAUUCCUGCAAGAAUUCCCAAAUUGGAUUUCCAUAGUUUAACCACUCCUAAAGUAAAGGCAAAAUUAAAGGAAUUACAAUUAUCAACUACUGGAGAUCGAAAUGAACUAAUGCGAAGAUAUAAUCAGUAUUUUGUGUUUGUUAAUGCCAAUAUUGAUAGUAACCAUCCCGUUGAUGAAUCAACACUUCGUGAUAGGUUAAGUAAAUGGGAAAGAUCAUUCAAAUCCAAAGCAAAGGAUUCUCUUGAUACUGAUGCAAAUUGGAAGAGUCUUGUUGCAAAGGCAAGACAAUCAAAAUAA